AUGCGUGUCAUCUUAUCGGAGACAUCUCUCAUAUCUGUUGCAGGAAUAGGACAUCAGAAGCAGCUGCAGCUCAUCAAGAGGCUUGGACACACCCUGUCGGCCUAUAUAAAUUUGAAAGUCCCCAUGAACUUUGUGUCGUUCAACGUGCGGGACCACCGAGCGAUUCGGUUCGCUUGUGCCGUCCGAGCGAGCCGCAACCAAAACGCGGCACAGCGCAUGACGACGCACUGCAAGCGCCGUGACAUCCGAGCGCGUCACGCAACACUCGCUAGCGUUUGGUUUGCAUUCGUCAAGGCGUGA